UAUUUAUUAAUUGGUUGUGAUUUUAAAAUCUAAACCAUAGACCAUAGAUUAAAUACAUGCAUAGACUUAUAAAGAUGGUCUUCAUUAUAGGUCUAAACAUACGAGUAGAGUAUUCGAUAUUGUUAUCACAUCGUUUUCAAAUUUCAUUAGAAAAUUUUACAGCUUUGAAAAUUGAAAGUUGAAACUUAGAUUUUGAAUAUCUCUGGCGACAAUUAGGUAUCUCAGACAUAGGCGAUUGUUAAAUUAAAUAAAUCUAUAAACAUGGUAACAGGGGUCCAGCUUGGCCUACAAUAUAUUACACUAUAUUAAUCUAAAGAAGAAAUUUUAAUUCGCCACAACAGUAAAAAAUAUACUAUAGUGAAUUCUGUUUACUCGUUAUUUAACACUAAAGUUUUACCAUUUUUCUAUAAAUAUUUAGGAUAUUUGGGCGUAAUGGGUCUUAUAGAGUGGAUAAACAAUAUAUUUAACAAGAAUUAUUCUAAUGGUAUACCAUCCGAAUUCCAAUUACCGACUGGAAAUAUUAAUGAAUUACAACAUCCUACAAACAAUUUUAAUGGAAAUUCAAUGGAGCAUAACAAUGACAUAACAAUUGAUGAGAGUAUUAACAUUUUUAAUCAAACCAUUCAUGAAAUAUUACAAAACCUACAAUUUGAAUUUGGUCAAGAUUUCUUUUCAGACAAUUUUGUAACUAGCGAAGAGUCUAAUUUUUUUCCAAACAUUUUAAUGAAUGAUGAAUUACUUAAUCCAACGAGUAAUGAAAACCAACCAUCAAAACAAGAUGUACCCAAGUCAAACCAUAUUGCUCAAAAAUAUUUUUUAAUACCUAGUUCAACUUCAUCAAUAAAUGAGGGUGUAGAUCUUGAAAAUCGUGUAACCAAUAGUAAUACACUAAGCAAGUAUAUACAGAGUUCUAGUUUGGUACGUAACUCUCAACAAUAUAAAGGAAGGUGGAUACAACAAGAUAUUCACACUAAACAAUUACCAAAUGGACAAGUCGAAAAAACUAUCAUUCAAAAAGAUGGAAAUCAAUCGUGUAAUACUAUUAUUACGGAAGAUCCAGUCACUGGACACCGCCAUAUAAAAAAACAAUUAGUCAACUUAGAUGAUAGCCAGUUAAAUGAGUUUGAGAAACGCUUUUCUAAAUUUCAAAUGGGAUGAUGGACAAACAUUGCUACACCUAAACUAUGAUUUAUGUCUUGAAUUUUUUAUUGGGAGCUAUAAAUAAAAGAAUUUAUUGUUACAAAGAAAUAAA